UUUGGGAAGUACGGUGAGGAGGAGGCGGAGCUGGAAGCGAAAGAACAACCUCAACAAAUCUGGACAUUGUGACUCCGCCCUCCGUCCGCAGUCGGGAGCAGGGCGGCGGAGUGACAGUUCAUCAACACACGAAACCAUUUCAUCCAUAACUGUAGAGUAAGAGGAGCGCCAUAGGCUGAUACUUGCGGUUUGAAUUUUGCUUGUUUGCUUUUUGGCUGCGCUUCCCUGAAGUGGAAAUCCGGACUUUAUAGGUUUGGAGCCGAUUUUCUUCAAGCUGGACGUGAAUUAAGCUUUCCGCUGCUUUAUUCCUGCACACAUUUAACCGUUAGGACGCAUUUUUUGUUCUUACAAAAAGAAAAAGAAAAACCACUAAAACCCUGGAAUAUCGUUUUGGCUGGACUUGGACGCCUUCCAAGUACACAGUGUAGCCCAAAGGCUUCCUGUACAUCAGGAUCUGCUGUACUCCAGUCCAUUGAAUGCACCUGAAGAAUUCUGGUAAUUGUCUUAUCCUGUGGACCCUACAGCAGAAGUAUCCUGUCAGUAAUAAGAGGCAUCCUGGUUCAUGUGGAAAUCUCCGGAAAAGUUGGCACAGUGUCUCUGCGCUCCUCUUCUUUAAAAGAUGGAUUUAGGGCAGUCAUCCCAUAGUGGUUCCUUUGCCUAUACUCAUUAUUGGAAGCAUCAGAGUUGCUUUUGGUGAGGGAUCCCCAACAGGCCCAAGAUGCCAGGAUGCCUAUCACUCAGGACAACGCCCUAAGUAUUCUCCCAUUGCUGGAGAACUGGCAUGGGGCUCACACCACAAGAUCAAAGCAGGAUGACAACCUGAAUCAGGACUGUUCUGGCUACAAGCAUGUGGAUCAUGACUCCUACCAGAAUGGGGAAGAGGACAGUAUAUGCAGUAGCAGCACUAUUAGCAGUGGAGGACAUGUGGAAGACAUGUCCUUCUGUCUGGCUGCCAUUCAAAAGUUGGUGGAGUACAUUAAGUUCAACUUCACGGAGGGUGACACAGCUCCUUCAGCCAGUCGGUCCUCAUGCUGGCAGGGGUUAGAUGUUGAAGUUCAUGCUGUUUCUCUAAGUAAAGAUGAGGGGGAUGCAGGUGAUUUUGGCCUUAGCUUUGGAAACAUCCCUAUUUUUGGGGAUCCUGAGGGAAGAAAGAAGGGAGGCCCAAGGAGGAGGAGGGAUCAGGGUCCCAUCAUGGAUGUGGGCUGUAUCUGGGUGACAGAGGUGAGGAAGAGGAGCCCAGCUGCUCGCUGUGGUGGGAUCAAACUGAGAGAUGAACUCCUAUCGUUGAACGGACAGCUUAUGGUGGGAGUAGAUGUCAGUGGAGCCAGUUACCUGGCUGACCAGUGCUGGAAUGGAGGCUGCAUCUACCUGAUCCUCCUGCGGCGAGUCAAGCGUAAGGCUCCUCUGCCUCCCUGUGAUGUGAAUGAAAGUGUCAAUACCCCAGUCAGCACUGACAGCUGUGAAGACCAGCACCGGAGUGCAGCAGCCUCUGAGUCCUCCAACAGCUCUGGAAAUUACAAACACACACGCAAAUUUGGAGUCAUAUCACGUUCGUCCUUCAACCGAGACUACAGGGAGCGUGCAAGCUCAGAAGCCCUCAGCUGUUAUAAUGGUUACAGCUCCUCUCUUCCUGGUAAUGCAGAAGUCAGUCCUCGAGGUGACUCAGGUUGCAUCCUCUCCACACCUUCUGAGGAAAGCCCAGACAGCUUUCCUCAGCUGAGAAUGGUUCCACAGUGUCUACACAGUGGACAGGCUGCCACCCUGCACACAAAAUGUCACAGUCAGCUGUUGGAAUGCAAAAUGGAUUCUUUCAGCAGUGAACCGUCAAGCCAGCCCAGAGAGACCAGCCACAUCUGGAAGAUGCAUAUGGUGAAGGGUCAGGAGGGUCUGGGUAUAAAGAUAACAGGGGGGCGUGGCUCCAGACGUUCUCCCCAUGGCAUUGUCAUAGCCCAUAUAGAGGAGGGGGGUGCCAUUUACAGGGAUGGGCGUCUUCAUGCUGGUGAUGAGUUGCUGAUGAUAAAUAAUCAGUCUCUGGUGGGUCUUACUCAUCAGGAAGCUGUUGCUAUCCUCCGCUCCACUACAGGUCUGGUCCAGCUGGUGGUGGCUAGUAGGGAGGAGUCAGAUGUGGGUUUCGAUCGUUUUCCGUCCACCAGUCUGCCGGACCUUGUUAGCACCUGCAGUUCCUCUUCAUCCCUGUCCCAGACUGCUCACACAUGCUCCCCCAAGACCUCCAGCAGUAGCACAAGUCUGCACAACCCCUACUUGCUUAACAGCCUGGAAAACCUGGAAGAACAAAAUCAGGGAGAAACACCCAAAAUAUCCUGCUGCAGCCCCACAUCCAUGAAGCUGUGCAGCAGAUCCCAGGGAGGGAGCAGUCGACUGGAAUCAGUGGGUGAGGAUGAUGAACUGUUUGUGGAGAAUGGAGAGAGUGCCUAUGAAGUGGUGGAGAAGCCUCUGCCUGGCCAGCGUAAACACUCCUUACCUCAACAGUUAGAUACUGCUGGAGUGAGACAGGAAUAUCAGAUAAUUAAGAAGUCAGCUCGCUCACUGAGCACUGUUCAAGUGGAAUCUCCAUGGCGACUGGCACAGCCAUCCAUUAUCUCCAUUAUAGUACUAAUGAAAGGCCAGGGCAAGGGCCUUGGAUUCAGUAUUGUCGGUGGACAGGACUCAGCACGUGGUCAGAUGGGCAUUUUUGUCAAAACAAUUUUCCCUUAUGGUGCCGCAGCAGCUGAUGGACGACUGAAAGAGGGAGACGAGAUUCUAGAGGUCAACGGAGAGUCUCUUCAUGGGCACACACACCAACAGGCUAUCCAGACCUUCAAGCAACUUAAGAAAGGGGUGGUGACACUUACCAUUCGAACCCGGCUGCGCAGCCCCAGCCUGACGCCAUGUCCGACCCCCACCCUCCUCAGCUGUUCCAAUUCACCCAAAUCUAAUGCCAGUGGAAGUACACAUGUUCCAUCAGGGUUGGAAGAGGCUGAUGGUCGCAGGGGCCCUGGUCCAGGUCCAAAAGACUGCAUUGUCAUGGAGGUUACACUUAAUAAAGAGCAGGGUGUUGGUCUUGGAAUUGGAGUGUGCUGCCUGACCCUGGAGAACUCUACUCCUGGUAUCUACAUCCAUAGCUUGGCUCUGGGCUCUGUCGCCAAGAUGGAUGGCAGACUCAGUCGUGGAGAUCAGAUACUGGAGGUGGACUCAGUCAGUCUUCGUCGUGCUGCUCUCAGUGAGGCCUAUGCUAUCCUCACUGAAUGUGGGCCUGGACCUGUCACUCUUAUUAUAAGCAGGCACCCUAACCCAAAGGUAUCAGAACAGGAGAUGGAUGACAUUAUAACUCGAUCCACUCACAGGGACAAAAUGAGCAGGAACAUGCACUCAUCUCAUUUUCAAGGUCUGUCCUGUAAGAAUACCACCCCAACAGUGAAGGACAGGCAAGACGACAGCUCCCUUCCUCUCAGCUGGACCAUGAAGAGAUUCCUUGAGCCAGCCAGUAGGGACUCACUGAGUUCAGAGACAGAGUUAUCUCAGUACUUCCCCCAAGAACUUUGCAGCCACUCGGACAGUGAUGAAAUUCUCCACCAACAGAGCUGCAUCUCCAUGGACGACAGCUCAUCGCAAACACAUGGAUUCACCCCAACUCUGAUAGAAGUGGAAAGUGACCCGGUGUACAAUUCAUCAAAAGACAAGACAUCUGUCCCUCUUAAUCAGCAUGUGGAGGCUGUUUCCCAGCCCAUCACUUUGUCCAGCCCCACCACAGCGCGCAGCCCACUUCUCCGGCAGAACCCGGUGAUGUGCUUCGAGGAUGACCUCAGUGAUGAAGUGAAUUCAGCCAACAGCAGAAACACUGCGCUCUUCCACAGACCAACAAACUCUGAACCCAUUGCCUUCAGUGAUGCGUCACAGAAAAGUGAUUCAGUAGUUAUGCUUGCUACCUCAGACUUUGGAGAUAGUGGAGAUUUGCAGAGGAGUGGAAGCAAUGAUAUAACUACAACACUCUGUGAUAGUUUCACUCAGAGUGAAGAUGGCCUUCCCAAUAAGUCAGAGUCGCCUGCUUCUGAGUCACCCUUCCUGCCUAUCCACCACCUUUCACACCAUAUGGCAGAGGAGUCAAGCAGUGUGGACUCUGCACCAACUAAUUUGACCAUCGUCAGUGAGAACUGUCCAAAUCAAAAUGAUGGACAGUUGGAGUCAAAGCAUUCUCCCAAGCUUGAACAUAAAGCAUUGACACGGGUCAAAAGUAUGAUAGGCAUUGAAACCCCAAACCUGUCCCAACAGCAAACAUCCAAAACUGAUGACUCCUCCCAGCUCCCAUCCCAUUGCACAACAUGGGGAAGAAAUCCCAGGGUGGCUGCAGGGUUGAACUCCAGUCAGUUCUGUAAGAAGGAAGAUGUCAGUGAGUUUGGGGCUAUUUGUACCAUUAACACUGUAAUCCUGAGAAGAAAUGACAGGAAAUCAUUUGGGCUUGACCUGGAGAUUAUUUCAUCACCACUGAAGCUGAUCAUUGCUGGGUUAGAGCCAGGAGGUGCAGCAGAAAUGGAAUCUAUGGGCAGGCUGUGUCCUGGAGAUGAGAUUGUCAAAAUUGGAGAUAAACAAGUAUGCUCUUCCACCUACCAGGAAAUUUGUAAGCUCAUUAACAACCUUCCUCUGACACUGUCCUUGGAAGUCAAGAGACCAGUUUCAGCUGUAGAUCGACUGUGCAGUCUGGGAGGGACUGUGUCGUCACGGAGUGAUGGAACUACCAGACUGAAUCCAGCCAAAUCUAUUCAGGGGGUGUCUGAUGAAGUAAUAAGAGCAAAUUUAGGCAGUGGCACAACCCAAACAGACUAUGAUUUUCAAAUUCCCAUCACCAAUGUAGAUGACAUUUUAUCAGAUGUGAGCAUCUGCUGUGAUACAAGUGAACAUAUCAAAUCCACUGACAAAAUAAUAUAUAAUGAGCCUGUAUCUUCCUGUCUAAGCCAGAAUACUGCAGUCCUGUCUGAGAACCUCCCUUUGGAAGCAAGAAAUGAAAAGGAUACCAUCCUUCAUAUCAAUAAAUGUGUGAACCAGCAAAAAGAAGACAGCUCUGCUGUUUUUGAUGGAUCGGGUCCAGAAAAAUUGGAUGCUUGUUCUAAACACAUGUAUCCCAUUGGAGAUGACAGUGAUUCAAACAGUGACUCAGUCACCGACUGCAGUUCAGUGGUAAACAAUAUGGCAGAUUGUAUUGGUGGUGUCCAGGAGCCUUCCUCAGAUGAGGAAGAAGUGGAGCUUUUUUCCUGUGAAACUCAGCCACCUGCUGCUACUGGUCAAUCUCAUUUAAUCCAGUCUUCACUUUUGCCAUAUAUAAGCAGUCCAGCUAAAAACCUGCAUCAGUCCUCUGAUGUAUUCCAGGUCUCCUUUGGUACAGACACACAAAAUUCGAUUACAACAACCCAAGGUCCGCAGCCUUCUCAGUUAUCAGAGGUCUCCUCUACCCAGUCACCAUGCCAGUCUUCCAACAAUACAAUACAUGUGCCCACUAUAGAGUCCGACGUUGACAGAGCUAGAGUUAAAGCAUGUGUGGCAUCCAGCCCUGGAAGCCUAAGCAUUUACAAAAACCACUAUCCACCAGAUACCCACAUCAUCCCUGAGGAGAUGCAUGCAGAUGCCUCCCAAACACCAGAUUUACUGAAGUGUGACGAAAUACAAAUGUCUUCAGUGGAAUCCAACCCCUCAGGUUCAAGGCUAUCAAGAAUGUCAGCGUCAAUCAUCAACAAACAAAAAAUCUUGGAGUGUAAAACUAAUUUAAAGCCUGAUGCUAGCUUCUUACCUAAGAAAAACUCAAAGCUAAAACACCUUGCUUGUUCAGACAGUCCUGUGUGGAGUAGUAACUUUAGACUCCAGGUUGAAAGUGGUCCUCCCAAACUGAAAGGUUUGAGUGUUAAAAGGAAGAACAAACCAGAAGAGGAGGCUCUCCAACAACUGUCUGGGAGUGCAAGUCCAGUUUCUCCAGACACAAAGGCUUCCUUGAAACAGUCAAAAGAUUUACCAUCAAUAGUAACCAUAUCUGGCAUUUUGAAGACCACUAACCAGCCGGGUAUCAGCAGUUGUGUGGCUUUAGCUAGAGUAGGUGACAGAAAGCAAAUUACAACUGAGCAUUCAUGUAGAACUUUACAAACUGUGCAACUGCCAAAGAAGAACAUCCAUUCAGGUUCCAAAGCAACUGCUGAGUCACAGGACCAAUCACAUUCACCUGUCACUCAGAGAACAUUCAUGAAAGUGCGACUGUCUUCCUCAUCAGGAUCAUCAUCAUCAUCAGUUAUGUUACAUAGUGAAACAGUGGUUUCAAAAGACAAUAAACACCUUAAAAAUGAUGCAGGUGCGUUAGCACCUGUGCAUUCAUCUACUGGUGCUACAGAUGAAAAAACAAAUGCCUUGGUCAGUAACAUAGCAUUUAAUUCACUGUGUUCUACUACAGCAGCUCAUUCACUAACUAAAGGCUCAAAACCUAGUACUGUUAUGGAGACAGAUAAAAUUCUGAAGUCCAGUUCAUCCAGACUGUACAGAAAGACAAUGGAAAGGAGAAGCCUCUACACAGACACUGCCUUGUCUGCAGAUUACAGUCCUUUGUCUGUCCAAUAUAAAAUCAAAUCCUUUGAAAAUCUGGCUAACUUUGACAAGCCCAUGGCUAAAAGUAGCGAUGUUCAGUCUUAUGCUCUGGCACGUAGAGCCCCACUUAACCAAAGGAUUGCGGGUUAUAUGGGAUUGGUUAAUUCAGUUGACUCCCAGAUACAGCAAAGGAGUUUUAGCUCUUAUGUGGAAAAUCAGCUUCCAGCCACAUCCUGCUCUCCUCGUCUUGGUAAAUCAUCUGAGACUAAAGUUCAGAAACCUCCAGAUGAGACUGCACCACAGACCUCUCUGGUGCUGCGAAGGAAACAAGGCAACCUUCCCCACAAUAGGUUGCGGCAGCUCAGGGCUCUCAGUAUGCCUGAACUGGAAAAACUAUGCAAAGAGGAUGUUAAGAGAGGACACAGUACAGCUGUAGAUAAAACGGAACCUGGCAUCCAUACCACUAUGUUUACUGAAGCCCCAGUGACUGAGAGCCUUCCAACCUCUGCAACUCCAACAAAAGUGGAUUUGAACGGGGUUAACCAAACUGGGGCUGAAUUCACUGAAGAGAUUCCUCAGGGAAACCAAGAGAACCAUGGCCAGCAGCUCGGUUGGUCUAUCAGUUUAGAAGAGCUUACUGCUUCACCUGCCAGUCAGUGUAAACUGCAAAUCUUGCUGCGCUCCCUAACAGCUAAAUCUUAUGUGUCGGCCCUGCUUCAGCAAACUACGAUUAAGAGAAAUACUCACCUUGUUGUCCUGAGUAAAGAAGAAGGCUUGGGACUUGGUUUUAGUAUUGCUGGAGGAGCUGACCUUGAGCAAAAGGAAAUAACUGUUCAUCGGGUCUUCAUGAAAGGUGCAGCUAGUCUUGAAGGCACAAUCCAAAGAGGUGACAGCAUUUUAUCCAUAAAUGGCACAAGUCUGGAGGGUAAAACGCACAGAGAGGCUGUAUCUUGUCUUCAUCAAGCCAAGCAGUCCAAUCAAGCCUUAGUAGUCAUUGGGAGAAGCAAAGACAGUGCACAGUGUAUCUCUGACAUUCAAGGCUCGGGUACCCGACCAAAGACUGUGUGUUCUACCAAGAAGCCGUUGGAAUCUAGAACAGCAGGAGGUGCUGCAGAGCUGUCCAGGCUUAUCGAGGUUGGCGAUGAGGUCCUGUCUAUCAAUGGCCGUUCUCUGGAGGGACUCAUGAAUCAUGAUGGCUGGAAAAUUAUCAAAGCCCAGCCCAGCCAGCCCAGCCAGCUCCUCAUAUGCAAGCAGAGCAAUGUGACUGUAAAGAACAAGGAACCAGAAACCUGAGAAACUCCACUGUGAAAGUGCCCUCGAAAUCAAGGCAUGGAUGUGCAUAAAAAUGGAUGAACAUUUACCCAUUUUGAUCGUUGGACUUUAAUAUUUUGGUUUGCCUUUGUAAAAUAUCUUUGUUCUAAAUAAUUCAAAUUGGAUAGACAUCUAAAUAUUGUGGUGCAAAAUAUAUAAUUAUGAUUUUUUUUUGGGAUGGAAAGUACAGUUUAUUUACAAUAAAUUAACUUUGGAACACUCAAAAAUAAUACAGUUGUAAGACGUUCUUUUUUAAAAUAAAUUUUAUAUGUCAAAAAAAAUCUGCAGGUGGCUGUGGUUCCACCAUUCCUGUAAAUACACUAGUAGUAUAUAACCUGGCUUGUGGGCGUGCACAAGUGUGCGUGAGUGUGUGCACAUUCCACGCAGACCUGGCAUUUCUGCUUGUGUGUGUUAGGUCUGCCCCUGAUUCCUCCUAGUGGGUGUGUUAUAGUUUUCAUUUUGGUAUCUGUGAUUGAAUCAAAGCAAAACCUGCUAGCAGUGUGUUUUUUAAUUUCUUGUUUAUUAAACUGAUUCUUUUGUGGAUCUAUAAUGUUUAUAGGAAUCACUGGAUUUGUUUAACUUAUUUUUUUUAAUCAGCUAUUUGUCUUUCUUAAGCAAACAGUGGUUAAAGCAGUUGGAGUCAACGGCCAACUUUUCCUUUCAAUGGAAAAACAGAGUUAA